AUGGGUUUCAAAGACACGCAAGACUACGAGCGCUACACCUGUCUGACUGGUGGUCGCCCUGAUGAAAAGCUACCGCCACUCGACUUCCAGGCUCGUGGUCACUUUCUAAUAUUCUUUCUCGGAACGAAACUAAUCAACACAGAAUGGUACUGUCCGCCUCGUCCCUGGCGAGGUCUGGUGCCGAUGGCGAGAGGAUAUCAGCGGGAUCCUGUGCGACUCCACGUUGUGAACGGACGUGAGCCUUCCUGGCCCCGUUCCGUCCAGACUGCUCGACUGUCUACCCAUGACCUAGCGUCAGGUUCCGUACAUAACCAAGUGGACUACAAGAGUGCAGUCAGACUCGUCCAGCUGUUCAACAAGCAUAGCCCAGAUAUGCCCCCAAAGGUUGGCGAAGAGCUGCGUGACAUGCUCGUCAGCGGUGCGUUCCGGCACACGGAAGACUCUUUGGAACAGCCCAUCAGGCACCAGCUCAGCAAGGAGAUGUUCGAUGCUGUCAACAACAAGCCCAAGUGGUUUAAUAUCACGUACGAACGGUGGUUCAUCUUGGUCGGCGUGUAUGGUGUCAAGAAACUGCGACAGGAGUGCCAGGGCAUUGUCGACGCCGUUCUCACUCGUUGCGGAGAAGAGCUCGAUAAGAGCCUGACCUACAAGCGCGGCCCAGACGACAGCAAACCACACGUCACGGCUUUGAUCACUCAAUUGUCUGACACUGCCGCCAAGCAACAGAAGCUACAGAAGGAAAUCGACCACCUCAGAUUGGUCGUGGAAGAGUUAUCUGCUGCCAGACGUUGA